AUGCGAGUAUUUGAGUGGAAAACUCAUAUGCGUAAUGAAAGUGAUUUUGGUGGGAUUUUCGAUGCACCAUCAACCGGAUCUGAGUCUAAGCAUAUUUGUUGGGACCCGAAAGAUGGUGAACUAUGCCUGAAUAGGGUGAAGUCAGAGGAAACUCUGAUGGAGGCUCGUAGCGGUUCUGACGUGCAAAUCGAUCGUCAAAUUUGGGUAUAG